AGGAUGGGAACCGUAAAGUUCUUGGUAGAGCAGCCUCAGCCAAGUCCUGUGUGAGGGCCUUACUAGAAGUUGGGCGGUGCAGAGAGGUAGGCACGGCCUCUGGGCAGCUGCUGUGAUCAGAGUGCGGCUUGGAGGCAGAGGAUUAGACAGAAGCAAGCCUCGUGCCCAGUGUCACGCGGAGCCCAGGCCGCCCUGACUACAGGACUAUGCUCCGGUUUAUUUCCAGGGCUCUUGCCUUUUGGAGGAAGGUGGACUCGUCGGAAGCAGAGAGGGCGCAGCAUCAGAGGCUCCUGGAAGGUCACACCAAGUCAAAAACUGUACAAGGAGUCGUGACAAAGUUCUGUAGUAACUAUGGCUUGAUCGAUGAGUUGAUCUACUUCAGCGGUGAUGUUGUGACUGGCAAUGUGCUUCUGAAAGUUGGGCAAAAGGUUACUGCAGUUGUGGAGGAAAAUAAAACAUCUCAUGGAUUGAAAGCAAUCAAAGUUGAUGCUUUCUGUGAUAAUAGCCGUGGUGAUGAACUGCCAGACUCCUGUACUAGAAUCUCACUUGGCUGUAUGAACUCUCUGAUGGAAGGUGUUGAGUUCAUUCAUCACACAGCUUACUUCUCUCUAGAUGUUGUUUGUAAAGGGAAGAAAUGUGAGAAAAUUCCUGACGUGGAAAAAUGCUGGCAUUUCCUCGGAAAAGAAGGAUGGGCAAGAUGGCUGGAGCAUCAUUUUGAGCCUUAUCAGGGUGACCGAGUAGAAGUUGUAUUUUCCAUCCAGCCAGACACACAAAGCAGAAAGGCCCUCUCAGUGAAGCCUCUGAGACACAAGCACGUGCACAAGGUCUGCAUUACUAGCCUGCAGGGAAGAAAUGGGGUGCUAGAUGAUACUAUCUUUUUCACCCUGGAAUCUCUGAAAGUUCCUGAUGGCUACGUACCUCAAGUAUCUGACAUGGUCGAUGCAGUUGUGGUGGAGAGUGUUCAGUCCUGCUAUGUUUGGAGAGCAAUUUCUAUGACUCUAGUGAAAAAGGGGUAAUAAGAAAGCAACGUUUUUAUUCCCUGUGCAUCUUUUCUUCUCUUGGCAAUAAACAGCUUGGUUUAAAUGUGUUCUGGAAAAAAAAAUAGCUUAGUAAACCUCAACAGUUAAUUCAAAGACAACCUUUAAAAUCCUCUGUGGUCUAGCUAAAUGGAAUGCAUCUUCUGAAGGGUGUUUAGCAUUUUUCAUUAUUGAUUAAAGACAUUUUCAUCUUUA